CUCCAAAAACCUCCUUAUUAGUUAUUACAUCGUUUUUGUUUGCCGGGUUUCUGUUCUGCCUUCUGGGCUUCUUGAAGCAAAAUUUCUGCAACUGAAAUUCCAGGCAUGGAAGAGCAAUUUAUACUACGGGUUCCACCUUCGGUAGCCGAACGGUUAGACCGUCUCUUGAGUGAAAAUGCAUCUUCAUCUUCUGAUGACAAGUCAUUGGAUUUAACCUUUUCUGAGGAUGGCAGAAGUGGCACAUUUUCAGUAGGAAAUGAUCACUUCCCUGCAUUUCUCUUGGAUUUACCUGGCACUGUGGAGUCAUACAAAACUUAUGAUGAUAGCGUGCUGAUUAAAACUGCAGAUAUUGGUCAAAUGAUUAUGGUGAAGGAGGAAGGUGACAAUGUUCCAGAUGAGGUGGAGUACAGACACGGCCUCACCCCUCCGAUGAGGGAUGCUCGAAGGCGAAGGUUUCGCAGAGAACCAGAUCUAAAUCCGGAGCUGGUUCGGCGUGCUGAGAAAGAUUUGCAGAAUAUUAUGGCUGGUGGAACCGCUGAGAAUAUUGAUGUUGAAGCCGUUGAGCACGAGGAAGAUGGCGAGGAAAAUGCUCGUAAUGCAAGUAAGAAGGUGGAACCUAAGCCUCCAGAGAAGCCUGAUGUACCUGAGGCUGAGACGGCUGGUGGAGAGCCAGACAGAAGCGAUUCUGACGAGUCUGAUGAUUCAAUGUGAUGGAGGUCCUUCAUUUAAGCUUAAGUAGGUGGUUAGACAUACUAUUUGCAUAUUUAACUUGUAGGGUCGUGGGUCAUCAUCAAAUGUUUAUGUCUAGGGGUUUCUAGUUAAAGGAGUUAAAAGUAGUUUAUGGUGUGGUGUGCCCUGUUUGGAUCUUGUAGUGUUGAUAGUCUACUUGAGAUUCAACAUUUUUGUUGUAUUUUCAAACAUUGGAUAAGUUGUAUAUACCAAUAGGAUGUUAGGUAUCUAAUGAGAGUGGAAUCUUUGUAGCUAA